UCAGACAUGCGCAGUCCGAUGCUCCACUUCCACUAGCUUUGUCGGGUUGCUACAUGCUAUAUGCUAACUAGCGAGCGUUUCCUGCCUGUGACAGGACACAGCUAUGGACAUCGACGCGUUAUCGGAGGCGUUUCGAGAUUUCGAGAAGACAGGCAAGAAAGAGACCUGUCCUGAACUGGAGCAGUUCUUGUGUCACAUUGCAAAGACAGGCCAGCCCAUACUUGCAUUUCCGAUAUCUUCCAGGAUCUCGUGGUCACAGUUCAAAACAUACUUUGCGUUUAAGUUGGAAAAAGUCAUGGACGAUUUCCACGCUUCUACACCAGAACAGAGAGCGCGUCAUAAUCCCAAUGUGGACUAUGUUCCCUUUGAAGAGAUGAAGGCGAGGAUCUUAAAAAUAGUGGAUGGCUACAAUGGAAUCCCAUUCACCAUCCAGCGUCUAUGUGAACUCCUCACGGACCCCAAGCGCAACUAUACAGGAAUAGAUAAGUUCCUCAUGGGUUUAGAGAAGAAUGUAAUGGUGGUCAGCUGUGUGGGCCCCACAUCAGAGAAAAAUGGGGCAUCCAGUGUAAACAGAAUGAAUGGAGUGAUGUUCCCUGGUAACUCUUCCCUAUAUUCAGACAGCCGAAAUGUAAACGGACCCGACACACCGAAACCGCUCAACCGACCGAAGUCGUCGCUGACGUCUUCCCUCUCCACAAACGGGCUCCCUGACUGUCCUGUCAGUAGAGAGCCAAUCACAGAGGAGGUGGAGGAGCACCAUAGCGGUCAUUCCUCGUCAGCAGAGGGAGAGGAAAUCACACCGAACAGCGGGAUUAAGAACAAACACCCGGCGGAGGAAGAGGAGGAUUAUGAGACUGGCGAGCACGAGGUGAAGAGGCUCAAGUUCGACGAAAAAGAAGAGGACGAAAGGGAAAGCGAAGAGAAUGAGUCGUCCUGCAGAAAAGCGCCAGAGAGCUCGCCAGAGACACCGCAGUCCUCCGAGGACUCUGGUGGUCAACGCUACACAAGUGGAGCCUCUUGUGACACACGUCCUGCUGCAGAGGAUCACGAGCCUAGUUGCACACGGACAGAACCAUCUGAAAGGGAUGAGGACUUGUCUGAGACGGGGAACGUCCACAGUGUGGAGGAGGACAGCACCGUGGCUCCGGACGCACAGCGUGCUCCAUCAGAGACGCGCACGAGCUUCGAGGGGAAUGAGGAGAGUUCUCGCAGCAUAGAGAGAGAAGGUCCACCCGGCGACAAGCAGGUCCCAUCUUCUUCUAGUUCACGUGACUUGACGACAGAAGCCAACACUGACAGUUUGAACAGCGCAGAGAUUGCGACAGAGUCUGGGGAACAUGUCUGUCCUCAAGCCCGGUCGGCAAACUGACUGGCUUCUUCUUUUUCUUCUUUUUUUUACACUGUAUGAUACCAUGUAAUGGGUCUAUCUGUAGCACUGUGAACCUCUGGACUUCAAGACCAGGAGCAAAGUGAACCUUGAUUCCUCACAGAAGGAUCUUUUGGUCCUCUUCGAUUUUAACUCGAGGUCACACACCGCCUGGUCUAAACUGGAAGGAAAUGAUUUAAAGACUAUGGAGAUUCUUUUCACUUUUUUUUAACCUCCCCCACAGAUUUUUAUAUGAACAGUAUAAUUUAACCUUUGUAACUGAACUAUCCGAUAACUUCAUUAUUCUUAAGUCAUUUGGCAUGAAUUCUGUAAAAGAUACAUUCGACGUUUUGAGUUGUAUUGCGGCUUAAGCAUUGUUGUUCUUUUUUUGGGAUUGUGCGUCUCUCCUGUUUGAUGAGGACUCAUGCCAUUAGGAAUGUGAGAUCCUUCUCUUUGCUUGUUCAAUGACCAAGCUGAAAACGUAUUUCUUACUAACAUUAUAUUGCACUUGUUUGCGUUUAACCCUUGAAGGAUGUGGAAUAUGUCACAGCUUUGCUUUAUUUUGCUUUUAUUAAGCCCAAGUUAACACACGUUAGUCCCCAUUUGUUAAGAUAAAAUAUUAGUUUGGCUCAUGGGAAGCCAUUCCUGCAUCGAAAUAUUUCAAAAUAACACAAGGUACAUUUACACUUUCUGUAUGUCAUACAUUAGUUGUACAAAUGUCCCUUUUUGAUAGCUUGGAUUUUUUUACAGUGAGCAUCUGUAAAUCUGUUUUUGUAGACUUGUAAUACGUGUCCACUGCCUCCACAGACCUGGUGAUAGCUGGACACGGAAUGCUGGAACUCGUGUCGUUCAUGGGAGGCAAUAAAUGCUAAAAAUGUGA